ACAUUGCCCUUGAAUACCGUGGCAGUCCAUUUGCAGGUCAACGCCCCAGGCAAUCCUCUGCUGUGGCCUACCUUUGCGGCGACAACCACGGUUUCGACUCUCCUUUUAGGCCGCCAGCAACACCAUCGCUGCCACGGCGCUUCAUCUGCGCUACUUAUUCAUUGCGGCUAGCCCAGGCGCACAGGACAAUUGUCAAAAAGCCUACGCCGAUCGCCGUACAACAGCAUCACCUUCCCCAGUUGGACUAUUCCAUCAGGCGCUGAGCGCCGAUAGUUGCCUCUGGCGCCUUCUCUGCCAUGUCUGGCUUCAGGGCCCUCAACGUCGGCUCGCCGAGCAUCUCGGAAACACCGACUAUCAAAGUUGACAACUCAGCAGCAGCAGAGGCUCCGUCAAGCAAGGCUUCGCCUCCUUUCCAUGCCACAGAUGAUGGGUUGAGGAGGAGAGAGAGUUCAGAUCGUCCUACCAUCCAGACAAGCGGUCAUGGCAUGGACAGGCAGGACUCACACAAGAGGAAGCGCUCCGACUCCGCAGAGCGUCGGCAGGACCACAUAUUGCAGGAGCGGACGCCCGAUACUGCGACCAUGCCGCCACAUUAUGCUCCUCGUGAUCCAUUUGGCACGCCCCAGCGAGAGGGGUACCGUGGUCCAUCAGAAGGACACGACCGCGAGCACCGGACUGCCCACCAACAACGGCCGUCAUACGAGAGUCGGCAACCUGGCACCGUGUCGCCAGGACCAGGACAAGGCGACGACCACCUUGGUGAUGCGCUGCGAAGGACCCACGAACAGUCAGAGAUGGGCGAUUACCCUAAUACGAGCCCUGAGGCAGACGAAGCAUCCCACUCGUACUACAGCGGACAGUAUAGUCAGGAUUCCCGGCAAGAUCCCAUGCUGCAGCAUGAUCCUAAGAAACGCAAGCGCAACUUCAGCAAUCGGACAAAAACAGGCUGCUUGACAUGUAGGAAGAGGAAGAAGAAGUGUGAUGAGACGAAGCCUGAAUGUCAAAACUGCGUCAAGGGCGCGUUUGUCUGUGCCGGCUAUCCUCCCCAAAGGGGCUCGAGCUGGCAGAAACCCGAAAACAAGUCGCCCACUGUCCCAUUGGAGUCGAAGGAUCCUACCUAUGUGCCUCCGGGUGCGUACGGUAUGCCGCAGCAAGGCUCGUAUGCAGGUCAGCAGCAACCUGUCAAAAGGGAGCCCCUCCCGCAUUAUCGGGGUCAGGCCCUCAGGAUCGACCCGCCCCAAGGCCGGCCUCUGGUCACGGAUGAUGACCGGCCAACAACGUCAACAAUCCCGAGCGCGUCUGUCGCGAGCCCUGAUAACAAGCUGUCCGCUAUGCCCUACACGCCCGCCAACGCUUUCCCGACACCCAUCAGCGCGAACACGCAACCUCCGCCGUUCAGCGACAGGAUGGGCAAGGACUACCAGCAGCAGCGCGUGCCUCCGCUCCACGAACUGGGCAGGAACGAGCCUGAGACUCCCCAUCCAGAUCGCCCGCGAGGCCAGUUACCUCAGAUCAACCUGCUCCAUCCCAACCGCAACAGCAGCCCUGCUCCUCCAUCAGCAGUACAGUCACCGUCGAACCCUCAGAUGGCCGCGCAACUGGCACUGUCCCAGGCAGGGUACUCGCAGAAGCGCACACAAAAGGAGCAGAUGCUUAUCGGUCGUCUCUUCUACCCCUUUGACAAGGAGCUUGUUCUGGAGAGGGAGCGCUGCGCAGCGGCAUGCUGGAGGUUCAACAACCUGACGACACCGCCAAGUUACGGAGUUUCGCCCGAAGAACGAGCGCGUCUCUUCCUGGAGAUCCUACAACCUCGCGAUCCCAUCCGACUCUCUCCCGGAGAGACUUCCCCGAUUACCCAUGUCGGGCGCGUGGGACGCUCCGUGACUGUCGAGACCCCCUUCACUUGCGACUAUGGCUACAACAUCACCAUUGGCAACUACGUGUCCAUCGGACGCAACUGCACUAUCAACGAUGUCGGAGAAGUCAAGAUUGGCGAUAACACCGUCAUCGCGCCCAACGUCAGCAUCUACGCGUCGACACUGCCAGUGGAUCCUAAGAGGCGCCAGGGCGGGCAGGGCCCUCAGUCUGGCAAGAACGUGACGAUUGGCGAUAACUGCUGGAUCGCUGGCGGCGUGACGAUCCUCGCGGGCAUCUCGGUUGGGAAGGGCAGCACCGUUGGGGCCGGUUCUGUUGUCACCAAGGUGAUGUCCCUCCUUUCACUGUCGUGGCCGGGAAUCCGGCUCGGGUUUUGCGUGGCAUCUCGUCUUGAUCUGCAUAAUUACUAUCUUUGGCAGCACACGUUGCGGUCGGCGAUGCCAUGGCGGAUUAGACACUUCUAUUGAGAAUGUACUAUGGGAUAGGGUUAGAGGAUGGUAUUACGUUUCAUGAGGACAUGACUAGGAGCGCAGGGUAACGUCAGGAAUGUCUUUGCGCAAUGUUAUUUAUUGGGGACGGAAAAAGGGGGGUUGGGCUUUCGUGUUGGGGCGAGCUCUGGAAGCUGCUAUUAUACACCUGACGAAGGUCUACCAUCUAUAGACAAGGCUACAUACGAUACCCAGGUAAA